AUGCUCGAGAAGGCUUUUGCUAGUGCCAUUAGUGACAGUAAAGCUCAAGGGAAUCUGAUUAACUUUCUCUUUAUAGAGCAAGGAGACAAAGAACAUUGUCCCAUCGACCAAUUGCUCGAGUUCCAUGAACGAUAUUUGCUGUGGCUUUUGAUAUCAUACAACGAGGAACACAACAUUAAAAACAGCGCAGACAUGACACCAGACGACAUGGACAGUGAUGAGCGAAAAAGACUUAUUGAGUUUGAGUUUGUUUCACGCGAUAAAAACAGCGAUGGCGUUUUGGAUUUCAAUGAAGUCAAGGAGAUGGUGGACGAAAGGGAACCUUGUAUGGUGGCUUUCCUACACUCGUGUGACUUUGAUGGAGUGGAUGGUAUUUCUCAUAAUGAAUGGAACACAUGUUUCCCAUCAAAACUAGAAGAAUUCGACAAUGAAGAAUCAUAAAUUCAAAAUGGAUGGAAGUUUUUUAAGCAAACUGCUUGUAAUGAAAUAAUAAUAUAGUUUAAAAAAGAUAGGCUUAUAAAUUCAAAGGAUCAUAGUUAUCCCCAGGCUAUUCUCAGUCAAAUCAGAUCCAAGAUGCGAACACUCUUGGCGCAAAAGUUAAAUUGAAAAUGACUUCCCGCAGGAAGACUGGGAGUAGCCUGGGGACGAUGCUUCGUCGCCCGCGCAACAUAGCACUGCUACUGAAAGACGAAAGCUUGCUUGUUAUUAUUUCCGACGUGAACACAGCUGUAUACUGCGUCCUCGAAUCGGGCAUACAAUGCUCGAGAAGGCUUUUGCUAGGUUAAAAGCUCAUGCUUUAACAUUUGUAGUCAAUAUAUAUAAACAAAAUUUUAACUUCAAAAUAUCUAAGAAAAUAUUUGUUUUAUAGCCGUGGGUAAAUUGUGAAAUAAAGUGCUUGGUGUUGCU